CGGACAAAAUCGCAGUGACGUGACAGAUCACAGCUGUAAGUGCAUGUGCUCUGGUUUGUUUAAUAUACUUUAUUGGAUUUGUUAGUGGAAUUUUUAGACUUUUUAGUUAUUAACUCGGAACAUGUAAAAACUAUAUUCUGUGAUCUCUUCUGUGUUGUGAUAAUUUAAAAACGAAUUUUAUUAAACUAAGUGCAUUUUCUAAGGUCCUUUGGUGAUGAAACAUUGAACUCCUGGAGAUAAGCGGAGAUCGGCAUAUUUCGCGUCAACUAUGAUAAGAUUUUCGCCAAGGUAGUAAUGCGCUAGUCUGUAUAAAAGAGCUAUAGCUCAACAUGACUGGCACCGGCGGAACUGUGCCAGCCACAAACUCGGCAGCUGAUACUAGCCAUGGAGCCUCAACGUCCAGCUCUUCCGCUCAAGGAGGACACUGUAAAGGGCAUCGUAGGCAGGAGUCUAUGUAUACAAUGACUGGUCUCUAUUCAGAAACCAUCCCCGAAACAACGGAAAUUGCAGAGACGAAGUGUUCAACGAAUUUCUAUCAUGACACAGUCAUUAAAUGCCACAGCAGAAACCCUUCGGCUAGUUUUGACAGAGAUAAAGCUGCACAUACGGCUACUUAUACUGAAACACCUGUGAUAUUAAAGAAUACAAAAGAAUGCGGCAUUUUCCAAUGUCGGCCUUCGUUUAUACAAAAAUAUGCAGGAAUUAAGUCCUUCGUAUUACUAUUGUCAUUUCUUGUUACCUUACAACAAGCAUUAAGUUCUGGAUAUAUAAAUUCUGUGAUAACAACAAUUGAGAAACGGUUUGAGAUUCCAUCAAGUCUAUCCGGUCUGGUGGCAUCAUCGUACGAGAUAGGCAAUGUAAUCACUGUUAUAUUUGUAAGUUAUUUAGGCAGCAGAAGACACAUUCCCGUUUGGAUCGGAGUUGGAGCUGUCAUUAUGGGCAUAGGAUCACUUAUAUUCAUGAUUCCACAUUUUAUCGCCGAAGAAAACAGUGGCAUAACAAUUGUGAACACGACUGAAGAGAAUAUGUGCAGAACUGUCUCUGUCCAUGAACAAGAUAUGGGAUUAGGAAGGUUGUCGUCAGGGUUGUCUUCUCCCCCUUUAGCACCAAAUAAUAUUCGCGGGGAUAAUUGUAUUCAGGGUACUCCAUCGACUACAGGACCAGUAUUGUUGUUCGUUCUUGCACAAUUAUUAUUAGGUUGUGGUGGAUCUCCCCUUUUUACUCUUGGAACAACAUAUAUAGACGAUCACGUUAGACCAGAGAGCUCUUCAAUAUAUAUAGGUUGUAUGUACAGUAUGGCAGCUUUUGGUCCAGUACUUGGAUUUUUACUGGGAGCCUAUUUAUUAUCUUUUCACAUGGAUUCGUUUACUCACAUCAUCUCCAUAGAUCCCGGAGAUAGCAGAUGGGUUGGCAUGUGGUGGGGAGGGUUUUUGUUGUGCGGAUUACUGCUGAUAAUCGUUUCAGUUCCGUUUUUCUCAUUUCCAAAAGUUCUCACCCAUGAAAAGGAAAAAAUCCGACUUAUGGAAAAAGCUGCUGCGGCAGUUUCCUCUUCCGGUACUAGUACUGCUGCGGCUAUUGUUACUAAUAAAAAUACUAAUGCUGCUACAGUUAACGAUACUGGAUACGGAAAAGAUGUUAAAGAUAUUCCGAAGUCAAUGUGGCGACUUGCCAGUAACCCAGUUUAUAUUGUAACAUGUUUAGGUGCCUGCAUGGAACUUGUCAUAGUAUCUGGAUUUGUUGUUUUUUUACCUAAGUAUUUAGAAACUCAAUUUAGUUUAGGAAAGAGUCAAGCAAGUGUUUUUACUGGAUCUAUUGCAAUUCCUGGUGCUUGCAUAGGAAUAUUUAUGGGCGGAGUAAUCUUAAAGAAGAUGGAACUCCGACCAAAGGGAGCUGUGCAAUUCGUUCUUAUAUCAAAUGCAAUUUGUUUACUGUGUUACGGACUUUUAUUCUUCCUAGGGUGUGAUAAUUUAAAGAUGGCUGGUACAACGAUACCAUACUUCAACAGUACACAACCAUUUCAGGUCAAUUUAACUUCAUCUUGUAAUUUUGGUUGUGAGUGUAGUAUAAACGACGUCGAACCUGUCUGUGGAAAUAACGGAUUGACAUAUUUUAGCCCAUGUCAUGCUGGUUGUACUUCCAUAUUAAGUACAAACUAUACCAAUUGUGCCUGUAUACAUGGAAAUGUGACAAUUAAAGACGGUGUAACUUCGUCCAUUAGCAUUGCUUCCCAGUUAGAAAGCGAAUACGCUGAAGUCACCGUCGUGCCUGUGGCAACAGCAGGUCCAUGUAAUUCUUCUUGUCAUACCAUAUAUCCAUUUUUGAUAUUAUUAUUCUUUAUGACAUUUAUUGUGGCAGUCACGCAGAUGCCUCUACUCAUGAUAGUGUUAAGGUCUGUCAAUGAAGAGGAGCGAUCUUUUGCGCUGGGAAUGCAAUUUGUGAUAUUCAGGUUAUUUGGGUAUAUCCCAGCUCCUAUUUUAUUCGGAAAUUUGAUAGACUCCACUUGUCUGUUAUGGAAAAGCACUUGUGGCGAAAAAGGUGGCCGUUGUUUGUUAUACGAUAUAGAACAAUUUCGAUAUAGAUACGUAGGAUUAUGCGCUGGUAUUAAGACGUUAGCACUUGGCAUAUUUUUAGUCGAUUGGUGGUUGGUUCGACAUCGCAGGCAGUUAGAUGAAGACAAAGCCAUAACCGCCAAUGAAAUAGUUGGAUCAAUUAUUAGUCUAGAUAAAUUAUUUGAAGAAAAACAUGAAAGUGGACGGCACACUCGAAACCCUAGUUCCGCCAGCGCCUGUGAAAUAUCAAGGCCUCCAAAGCCUGCCGAUGAAUCUCAACAGAACGCCGGCAUAAACAAAGAGUCAAGCGACUUACAAACUGAGGAACUACCAGAAGCUAUAAGCAGUUCUGUACCUGAACAAUAUAUUUCAGCCGGAAACGGCAGUUUGAAAAGACGCCACCCGUAGACUUAACCUUUAAUCUUUGCACAACUUAAUAUUUAAUCUUAUAUUACUUUUUUACCGUGGUAGUGAAUAGUAUCUUAGGUUAGUCCUUAAAAUAUGAAUUCGCAAAUUACUAUUAUUAGAUUAACAUAGUUUUUUGUCCUUUACUCAAAUAUUGAACGAAAGAGUUAUACCGAGACGCUAAAAGCAAGCGACAGAAAAUUAUUUGACAAUAACUCAAAUAUGUAACGAAUCUGACUUGCAGCGUCCGCUAAAUAUCCAUGUAACAUCUCCUAAACCCAUUAUAUAGACAAUGGAUCUGAUCUUCGUCAAGUAACUCAGUCGGUAUGUAAUCUCAUAACGUAAAACUUAUCUUUUAAUAUUCUUUUAAUGUCUUUGAAUAUGUACACUUUCAAGAAUCUUUCUGCUACGACAAAUUGGAACAAAGAACCUACUGUAAUACUUCGUUGACGCUCAUAGUUCCAAAUUUUAAUUGGAAGAUUCGUUACUUGUUUUCCAGAACUUUCCAAUUUGGAAAAAGUUUACUAUAAUUUUAUUUUGGGUCAUAAUGCACUGCCAUCGCUAAAAGAACAUUCUGACGUGAAGGAACGUGUAUUCCCAGCCGGUAUGUAAUUACGUGAAACAAUCCUCCCUUUUUAUAUUUUCUGAAAGUCUUUGUGUAGCACACGAUCAUAAGCUGAUUUAAAAUCUAUGAAGGGGUGACGUAUCGAUAUUAAAUUCUUUGGUGUUUUCCAAUAUCUGCCUUAGCACAAAAAUCUGGUCCGUUGUUGAUCGACCAGACCUAAAACAUUCUAGAAUAAAGACUAAUAACAAUACUCAUUGCAAAACUAGUACAUCUCGAAAUCAUUAUAUCUAAAUGAGAGUUUAAUUAAGUUUACUUCUGGUAGUAAACCGAUUCAGUAUUUCACUCUCACAGAUCGUUGAUGUUGAAGGUCUGUCCAUUCUGAUUGUAAUCAAAAUCAUCUGCUAGGUUAAUAAGAUGUUUAGGCAUAUUACUAGGUGGUCACAAUGGUAAUAGCUAUUUCUUCUUACAAAUGUCCGAUUUUCCUUCUCAACGACAUAUAAUCGUGGUUAUUGUAAACAUCGUCUAACCACAGUAGGUUUCCAUUGUCCAUCUUCUCUUAUAACCCCGUUAUCCCCUACACUUAAUUAUUCUUUUGCUUCUUUUCUAUCAUAGUAGAGCUUGUACAAUUUUCUUUUAUUAUCCAGUUUAUUUUCAAUUUUUAGGACUACCUAAACCUGUGAUCUGUUCUCGUAAAUAUUUUUCAUGUAAAACUGGAAAUUUGCCUCUAAGUCUACGACUAUUACGGAGUUGUGUGGGGGAUUUAUCUCAUCCUAAUAGCUGUAUGUUCCUAUAUUAUAAUAGGGAUAACUAAAGAUCUUCACACUUUUUAGCUAUCUGGACGGCUCGUUCUACCUACCCCUUUACUCUAAGAUAUCUAGGGCUAGAUGUCACAAAUUUAAAGUUCCAUCCCUUAGAAACUUCUCCUUCUCGGGAGAUUCAUUGAGUCCUCUACUGUUCAUCCUGAUUAUGGAUGAAAUAUAAAAAAGUAAGAGGACACCAAAUGAGAGAAAAACAACUUAAAAUAAUCUGCUAUGCAGACGACGCAAUACUACUCUCUCAAAGUGAAGAUUUACAACGUAUGCUGCACCAAUUUAAUAUAAAUGCCAGAAAAUUUAACAUCUGAAAUUCCCCAAAAAAGACAAAAUGCAUAGUUACAACAGCAAAUUUACUAAGAUUUAAAUUGGGACUGGAAGGUCAGUUAAUAGAACAAGUGAUGGAAUUUAAAUAUUUAGGCAUCACAUUAUCUAGCUACGGAAAGCUCGAAACCGAAGUUGAAGAUCAAGUGAAUAGAGCUAACAGAGCCACAGGCUGCCUAAAUGAAACUAUAUGGAGAAAUAAAAAUAUCGGGAAAGAAAAGAAAGGCCGAAUUUACAAAAUAGUCAUCAGACCAAUAAUGACAUACGCGGCAGAAACAAGACCUGAUACAGAGAGGACAAAAAAGAUGUUAGAAACCUCAGAGAUAAACACUUAGAAAAAUUGAUGGUAAGACACUGUGGGACAGAGCUAGAAGUACAUAUAUACGACGUAGAUGCAAGGUGGAGAACAUCAAGAACUGUAGAGUAGAAAGACGAUCAGUAGGAAAAUCACGAAAACGAUGGAACGACAACUUACUGGAGGCACAUUGAAAAACAGACAGAGCUAUGUCUAUAUAAAAAGAAGAAGAAAAUUCUCGACAUUUCUUAGAACCAAAAGGCAUAUUAUCGGAAACGAUUUCCAAAGGAAGCUCGUGAGUGGCAAACAUCCUCUUAAACGAAUUUAUUAUUGACUCAGAUGUUUUGGACUGCAACGGAACACUUUCGGAAAUAAGAUGCUCCUCCCGAUUCACAAAUAUCAACCUCUAGCAUUUGAAAUGGCAGUUCUGGGAUUUCUCUUAGUAUUACCGGCUCUUUAACAUUAUUUCUCUGAUAUCUCUCACAAUCCACACAAUUUCUAACCAAAUCCACUAUGCCCUUAUUCAUAUUUGGUGAUAACAACAACUGUCGCUCUUUGCUGUGUUUUUUUGGCCCCAAAGUGUGUUUCAUGAAACAACUUUAACAUCCCGGUCGCAUAGAAUCCGGAACUAUAACUGUGUCCCUAUAAAAUGUCUAAUCAUUUAAUGAGUAAACGUCAUACCUAAUAUUAAAAUAAUCCUUUAGAAAAAUUUAAAGUUCCAUUCCUUAGAAAAUUCUGGAUAUCCCUUAGAAGGAAUACUAUCGGAUACGACUUUCAAAGGAAUCCCGUGAGUUGCAAACAUAGUCUUAAACGAAUUUAUUAUUGACUGGGCCGUUUUGGACUCCAACGGAACAAUUUCAAUCCACUUUGUCUUUGUCCACAAUCCAUUACGAUUAAAUAAGAUGUUCCUUUUUGAAGAUUUUUGAAGAUUUGAAAUGGCAGUUCUGGGAUUUCUCUUAGUAUUACCGACUCUCUGAUAUCUCUCACAAUCAACACAAUUUCUAAAAAAACUCAACUAUGUCCUUAUUCAUAAAUGAAAUAGAAAUAGAAAUAUCUUUAUUCACAAGAAUCGGUUGACAAAAUAAAUACACGAUUUAAAUGACUCCAAAUAAAGUGAAUAGUGUCAAUACAAGAGAUACAAAAGUAAUAAAAACAUACAAUUAAAAUACACAUAAACAAGAUAAAAAAAUUUAAAUCACAUGUAUUAAAUAAAACAACACAAAAACAAGUUUAGUUCCUCCUACCUUUAUCUAUCUCACUAAAUAUUCAUUGAUCGAAAUUGGUUCAAGAUCUAUUACAAGAUCGCUUACAUAUUGCUUAAAGCUGUUAAGUGAUAGAAAGUCUAUGCGCAGAAAGUCUGUAUUUCGUUAGAGCAAGAACUGUCUUAAAAUAAUCCUUUACUAUAUAAGGUACCCUUGAUGCGCACGACGGCCACUCUUUUUUACAAAAAUUUCUUAUUAUUUGAAGUUUCUUAUCCUGUUUAGUUUCAGCUAUAAAUUUUCUGUUAUAUUUAAUGUAUGCACUAUUUCCGUUACAAAAGCAGCAUCCUCUACCUUUUCUUUCAAAAAGUUUCAAGACAACAAAUUAGCUAUUAGCAUUUCCUUGCCUGGCUUAUAUUCUACAGUCAAGUCAUAUUUUAAUAAUUUCACCUUCAUGCUUUGUAGACUACUAGAGUCUAGUUCUACUAUGCCUUUUGCAUUAUCGAAAUCUUAUGAUCAGUGAAAAACAAAUCCUUAAUGUUUUAUCAGGUUUUUCAACUACAACCAAAUUACUUAACCACUCUGUAGGAGACUAUCAGACACACACACACUAUAUAUAUAUAUAUAUAUAUAUAUAUAUAUAUAUAUAUAUAUAUAUAUAUAUAUAUAUAUAUAUAUAGCUACUGUCACUAAGACCCAUCACUAACCAUUCUUCACCCUCCUCCUUUCUGAUCUGGGCUUGAGACCUAGAGAGUUAAUAACUGUCAUCUGCGCGUAACUAAAAUUGUUGUUUAUAUAGGUUCCGUUAACGUAAAUUCCUUCCUCCAUAUUUUCCAGCCCUUUUUGUCAAAAUUUGUUAUGUUGGGAAGAUGAGCAGAAAGUGCACAACCCUGUCGUACUCCCGCUUUAUCUUCAAGUUACAUGUUAUUUAUUAAAAAAAAGUUAUUGAGUUGACUAGUUCAACAUUUUGUGAAAGCAAGUUUUAGUUUUGAGGACUGACCUGUAAAAUAUUUCUUAGUUAAUUUACAUACAUUAGUAUAUUUUAACUUAAUUUUGAAUAAUUUACUUAUAACGAAGUGAUAUUUUAUUUUCUAGAUUAUUAGAUAUGAAAUAAUUUUAAAAAGUAUACAGAUUUGCUAAAUUUAUUCUUAUAGAUUAGUUGCAUGCGAAAGCAACAUUGCUACUGGAUUUUUAGACUAAAAGGAUCAAAUAAGUCAAUUGAUUAAGCUGCAGGUUUCAAAAAUGCCUUAGUAAAUAUUAUAAAUAAAUGCAUGAUGCAAUAUAAAUUAUAUUUUUUUAAAUUUCGUUCGCUAUAUACAUAUCAGUCUUGACAAAUACAAAGAGUACCAGCAAGGAACCGAAAUGCUUUAAAAUUAAAUUGUAUCCCUACUGUCAUCCUUUUGGUCUGAAAUAUAUACCCACUUGAACACCAGCUCUUAGUUAAAUCAAGUAAAAAUACUUCUUAGCAACUUUAGCCGAAUUAAAAAAUUUUAAGCCGGAGGAACUAGGACCUAAACUUUUUUUAUAUCGAAUUAAAAAUACUCGUUUUAGUGUGAAACUCCUGAUUCCUCGUUUUGAAUACUCAUUUUUUUAAUUGCGUCGUCAGGUUUUUACAAUUAUUUUGUAUACUUAAAUAUAAUUUGACUGGUUUGAAUGAGUUUCUUUCAGUUCUAGACUCUACUGCCAUUUAAAAUUUGAUAUUGUCUAAAUACACUGGCAAUCUUUGCUAUGUUCCUAAAGUGCUUUGGAAGGAGUGCUCCUAAAUUUAUUACACAUUUUACGUAACUUCUGAUCUAUAAAAUGUAAAAGUGGUUUUACACCAAUAAUAAAUUCAUAAAGUAGUUUCAAGAUCAAAUUGGACGUGAGCAAAGCACAAUUUGACAUCCAAUUUUGCCGUUAUUGAGUUCACGAAUUUAUGCAUGAAAAAUUGACGGAAUUGAACUGGUUCUGUUUUUUUUUUUCAUUUAUUUUACGUGAACUCAGUGUUACCAAUCUGUGCCGAUUUGGCGCGAAGUAGAGUUAACGUUUACUUGUUUAAUAUUGAUAUUUCAUGUUAAAGCCGUGGCAAGUGCAAGUUUUUGAGCAUAUUUUAUUUGAGAAAUUUUUGUUUGAAAAUAUUGAGUGUUGUGUAAAAGACGUAAUAUUAUUAAUCAUAUAAUAAAAUUAAUAUAAUUAUUUACUACAAACAAUAACAAAUAACAUCCAUUAAUACAUUCGUUGGUCCUACUGAAUGUAGUGAAAACUUAAAACUUUAUUUAAAGUAAAACGAACUUUUACUUCCAAGAUAAUCACGAAUAUAAUGACAAAAAAAGUGAUGAAAAGAUACAUUAAUUUUUUCGUUAAUUUAUUGUUGACGUAAAGCCUACUUUACAUAAUCAGUUUUUGCAUUGCUAAACUAAGGCAUCUGUAUGUCUUAAUGCAUAAUAUCUGCUAAUGUAUAUGAUAAUAAUAUAUAAUUAGGGCAAGACAAAAAUAAAAAUAAGAUUGCUUGACGUCACCAAUUUUUGCAUUUCGAAUUUGGUACACUACAAACCAGGUCCUCCAUUGAGCAUUUGGCUAGACAUGAAAAAGAGACCAGAAGGUGUUCUGUAAUUUGCUCUUGUCUACAAUCGCAAAGGGCCGAUUGUUGUUAGGUUAUGUUUUGACAAGAGAAUUGUCUUUUAUUCUCAGUCAAACAUUAAUCCUAUCUUUUAUUACAUAUAUCGAAGUAUCGUGCUGUUAAAAACACGCGGCUUGUAAGUAGUUACCAGAAAAGUAAAUGUUGCCACAAAAAAAAGAAUCUAGUGAAAUUUUUUAUGAAACUUUUUAUGUCUAAAGCAAUCUUUUCCAACUACUGUUUUUAGUUUUUAAACAAGCAUGAAAUAUACUUAAAUGUACACAUAUACAAAAGCAUUUGGAUAGAACACUAGUAAAUGACAUUAAUCGUCCAUAUGCAGUAGUCCCUCCAUUUUUUGGUAGCGUUAGGUUUUUAUAUCCUAAUAUUGAAUUUACAUUUGUAACUAGAAGGCUUUGACAUACUUAGCUUGCAAGUACAAGCUUAAUUUCAUCUUUUAAAGAUCUCUUAACGAGUUUUCUUAUUGCUAAAGACAAGAAGUAUGUCCAAAAAACUUGGCAGUCAAGAAUGAAUGAAUUGAAAGAACGAGAUUCUCCUUACACAAAUACUGAAAGAAAAGUUCCUCAGAUUAAUACUUUAUGUCCUAUUAUACAUCUAAUUAAUAGAAGGCAAACUCCUGCAAAUUUUUUUACAGCUGUAUCUCCAAAAUAUAUUAAAGAAUAUGUCACAGUAUUUCCAUAAUUGAAUAAAAUCGACAUUAGUGACUCAAUGUUGCCAACAUUAUACAAAUUCUGUUUAAUACUGAACGGGGACUUACCACGUUUUGAUGUAUAUUCAAUAUUCAUGUACAAUUUUAACUUUUAUAUUUCAGUUGUUUAAAACUAUAACGAAAAACGGUAUAUUAUUUCGUAUAUAUUAAUAUUCGAAAUAAUGCAUGCAAAAAGUCGAAAACAUUUCGAAGCAAGUGAGCCGGUAUCGUAAAAAAAACUUAUGUUCGGUGUUUACUCUUUAGUGAAACAUAUAGUGACAUAUUCUUUAUUAUUUGCAUAUCAUGAUCAUAAAAUUAUUAUUAUACCUUUAAUUCGAUUUCUUACAUAGAACGUCAGGAUUUAAAAAAUGUUUUGUUUAAAUUUUAAGUUAUUAUUUCUUGUUAUUUAAAAAUAUUUAUGUUUCUCGUGUUCGCUUUCUGAUUUGUUUUUAGUAUUUUUGUUGUGAACAAAAAUAUGAUCUUCACAUUUUGUAAGCAUUAUUAAUAAAUUUUCCUGAACUUAU